AUGCUGCGCGCCGUUUUCCCUAUCGUUCUCCUCGCACUUCUACUUCAAACAUGCCAACCUCGAGAAUUAAACGUGCCUCGCGUUCGUCGAGACGUUCGAAUAGAAGAUAGCGAUGCUUCUCAAAUGGUAUUGUCCGAAAUUUCGAGUGCAAGCACGAAGGUCGACGAUUCGAAGGACGAUCUCGUGACCGCCGCAUCGGGGCAUCAGGGCCAUCGACACGAGUCCGGCGGUGGUCAGAGUCAUCACUCGGAUCAUCACGAGGAGCACGGCGAAGAGGGUGAGAAAGGCUACAAAAGUCAUCAUCAUCACGAUAAGAACGACAAGGGUGAGCACGACAAACAGCAUCGCGCUGGACAUCACGAGGAACACGGUGGCCAUAAAAAGGCACACCACGACGAGCACGAGAAGUAUGGCGAGCACCACGAGGGUGAGAAAGGUCACAAGGGUGGCAAGUUCGGCGAGAAGAAGGGUCACAAGAAAGGUCACAAGACCAAGGGCUAUCAUAAUAAAUUCCAUAAAGAUGAGUAUCACAAGGAACACAAGUUCUACGAUGAUUAUCACAAAGGGGGACACCACAAGAAACACGGCGACUUCCAUGGCCAUCAUGAGAAGAAGGAGGGACAACACAAGAAGGGUGGUCAUCAUCAUUCCGGUUACCACGAGGACCAUCAUGGGAAAAAAGGACACCACGACAAGGGUCAUGUCGACGAAGAACACAAAGGUCAUCAUGGGAAGCAUGGACACGAUGAACAUUACAGUCAUCACGAUUCUUAUGGGAAAAAGGGUGACGAACAUGCUGGCAAGAAAUUUGGAUACAGUAAAGGUCACAAGGGUUGA